UGUCGAGUUUGGGAGACAUCCAAGAAGUUCCGAUAGUAGUGUAAACAAUUCGACGUCCCGUUGGCGUUUUAUAUGUAUUUUUCAGGCAAAAAUUGAAAAUCAAGAUGUAAGAUUCUUGCUCUAGGCCUACCAGCAGAUACUCUGAACAUGGCAGACGAUAUAGAGGAUGUGUCUUUCCUACCAGGUGACUCCUUAAAUAGGAAAUCAUUGUAUGAGCCAUCCCUUCCCCAGCGAUGUAAACAGCUGGUGUGCAGUAAAAGUAGGGCGACUGCCAUUAUAGUAGUGAUGGGAAUUUUCAUUCUGUUGGUUGCACUAAUUGCUGCAUUUGCUAGAUCUGGAUCCAAAACUUGCAAUGAUCAAUCCGUGGAUUCCAAAAUGACCACUGCCACUCCAGUUGAGGACUACAUUGCUACAAAUGGAGAAAAAUUUCCAUGGAGAAGUGUUCGCCUUCCAACAUCAGUCUCUCCUCUAGAAUAUGAUAUAUAUCUUCAUCCAAAUCUCACGCAGGGGAAGUUCUCGGGAAAAGUCACUAUUAAGUGUAAUGUUAUUACGACAACAAAGUUCAUCGUCCUGCAUACCAAGGAUUUAGUUAUUUCGAAAACUUUGCUAAAAGUUUUACCUGAUGGUAAAGAAAUGAAAGUAUCUAAGCAGUUGGAAUAUAUUACAAAUGAGCAGAUUUAUUUAGAACUAGAAUCUAGCAUUCCUGCUAAGACUGAUAUUUCAUUGGAAAUAACUUUUGAAGGGAAAUUGAUAAAGAAGCUUUCAGGAUUCUAUCUAAGUUCUUACACAGACAGAAAUAAUGUCACAAGAUAUCUUGCGGCCACACAAUUUGAAUCAACAGCUGCCCGGCAAUCAUUUCCAUGCUUUGAUGAACCAGCCAUGAAAGCCAACUUCUCCAUGUCGAUCGUUAGGGACAAGGACUUCAUUUCAUUGUUCAAUAUGCCCCUAAUAUCUUCUACCUCCAUGGAACACAACCUAAUGAUCGACAGAUUCCAGCAGAGUGUUAAAAUGAGCACAUACUUAGUGGCAUACAUAGUGUGUGACUUUGCAUCCAUUACAAAUAAAACCAAGGCUGGGAUUGAUGUGACUGUUUAUGCUCCCCAGGACCAGAUAGAUCAAGCUCACUAUGCUCUUCAUGUUGCUGUGAAGGUUUUGGACUACUAUAACAAGUUGUUUGACAUCCCCUAUCCACUUCCUAAACAAGAUUUAGUAGCCAUUCCUGAUUUCUCCUCUGGUGCUAUGGAAAACUGGGGUCUGAUCACGUAUAGAAUGACCGCUCUACUGUAUGAUCCACAACACUCCACCACAAGAGACAAGGAGUGGGUAGCCAUAGUGGUGGCUCAUGAACUUGCACAUCAGUGGUUUGGGAACUUGGUGACGCUGAAAUGGUGGGAUGACUUGUGGCUUAAUGAAGGAUUUGCAACAUACAUAGAGUACAUGGGCACCGAAUCACUCCACGAAUCCUGGGAAAUGGAGAAUCAAUUUUUUGAGCUGACUUUAUCCCCAGCCUUGAUACGUGACAGUUUGAAAAGUUCGCAUCCCAUAGCAACACCAGUACACAACCCAGACCAGAUCAAUGAGCUGUUUGACUCCAUUUCUUACUUUAAGGGAGCUUCUAUCAUUCGAAUGUUAAAAGGCUUUCUAGGGAAGACUGAUUUCAACAAUGGAAUUAGCAAUUACCUGAAGAAGUACAAAUACGGCAAUGCUGUAACUCGUGACUUGUGGCAGGCUCUCUCGGAGUCUUCAAAGCAGAAGAUAGAUGUAAAGUCUGUAAUGAACACCUGGACCCAGCAGAUGGGCUAUCCUGUAAUAACCGUCAGUCAACAGGGGUCGAAGGUCAGCAUCUCUCAGAGUCGCUAUCUCAGCUUCCACAACUCGACAAUUAAAGAGGAAUUUGAAUCGCCAUUCAGUUACACUUGGCAUGUCCCCUUCAUAUAUGGAGUGCUGAAUGAUAAUGGAAACUUUGUACAAAACAAGAUAUGGCUACACCGCACUUCAGCAUCCAUAAUGGUGGAUAGUGGUAAGUUAAUCAAGGGUAACUAUGGUAACGAGGGAUAUUACCGAGUCAACUAUGAUAAAGCAACAUGGCAGAAGUUAAUACAACAACUGAAGACAAACCACGAGGCCUUUUCUUCUGUGGACAGGGCAGGAUUGAUAAGUGAUGCUUUUGAGUUUGCAAGAUCUGGUCUCCUAAAUAUUACUAUUCCUCUGGAAAUGACAUUAUAUUUAGAAAAUGAGGAGGAUUUCCUUCCCUGGAGCUCUGCUAUAUCGGCGCUGACCUAUAUCAAGCAAAGGAUAGAGGAUAGGGAGGCAGUCACUCUUCUGAAGAAAUAUGUAUUGAAAUUGAUGAAAAAGCAACUGAAAAGACUUGGAUGGAAAAGUGAAGGAAAGUAUUUGACAAAACGACUUCGUUCCUUGCUAAUAAAUGUAGCAGUAGAUUAUGGCGACCCAAACAUUGUGAAGGAAGCCAAGGAUCGAUUUAAGAAGUGGAUGCUAAACACAGAAAACAUUGAUUCAGAAUUACAAGACAGAAUCUUUGAUGCUGGUAUUAAAUACGGAUCAGAGAAAGAAUGGACAUUUGUGAAGAAUCAGUACUUAAUUGUUAAGGUGCCUACAGAGAGAGUUCAAUUGAUGAAAGCUCUAGCAAAAUCCACCGACAACUCUCUCCUAGCUAGGUAUCUUCAGUACGCAUUGGACAGUCGAAUUAUUAAACAGCAGGAUGUAAACACGGUAAUAAGCUACGUGGGUGGGAAUAUAGAUGGACGACUACUGACUUGGAGAUUUGUGCAAAGAAAUUGGUCAAAGCUAAUGAAAUGGUUUGGAGAUGGACCUUUCAUGCUCCAUGAUAUUAUAGUGAGUAGUGCGGGUGAAUUCUCGACGCAGUUUGAUCUUGAAGAGGUUCAGAAAUUUUUCCAAGAACAUGAUGCAGGCCCAGGAUCUCGAGCUGUGCAGACUGUGCUGGAAGACAUUGAGAUGAACAUCCAAUGGCUCGAGCAGAAUGCAGAAACUGUGACAAAAUGGCUGCAAACGAAUACUCAAUAGGAAUUCUGGCUUGGUCAACAUUUAAAACUUUAGUGAAAUGCAUUGUUUGCCUAGUGGAAUUAUUCUUUGAAUUCAAAAUACAGUAACAUGCAUUUGCAAUAAUUUUUGGGUAAUAUUGUCCCUGACAGGGUAGGGUUAUAUGAAGUUGCUUUUAAUUUGGACGAGUCCAAAUACUUGGUAUUGCGCAAUACAGAAUAACGAACGAGAACUCCAAAUGUAGUUACUUUCCUAAUUUGAAAGUUCGGCAUCAAAAAACUUCAGCUAAUUCUUUUCAUAUGGAUUACUGUAAAAGUGGUUAUUUACACGUGGGGAAAUUUUCACUUAUCACGUGGUCAUUUAAUGUAAUUUAUUCUGAGAUCUGUUGUGUUCUUCAUGCUGUGUAAUGUGAUUGCGAUAUUAUUUGGUAAAGGUGUACUAACUGCUCAAAACAGAAUGUGUAUUGGCAGUAUCAUAAAAGUGGGACAGCUUAAUUAAUGUGAUUGGUGUGUGUGUGUUAUUUGUUGUAAGCCAAUUACCUAGUUUGUAAGCUCAGGCCUGGGGUUUAUAAAACUAUUACCGUACUCAUACUCAAACUCAGUCAUGUUUGUUUUGAGUAGAACUCAAGCAAGCUUCGAAACAUACUCGAAAAAUCUUGAGCACGAUUUAGAACACAGAGUUUGAGUAUGAAAACGUGCUCAAAAAAGUUUUAUAACCUCCAGGCCUGUUUUACCAAUCAGAAACUUCUAGUAAUUGAACCAACUGUAUCUAUCAUACUUUUUGAUCAUGAGAGAUUUUGAUUUCAUGCACAUGUGCAAUCAAUGGGUGAGGGUAACUUAAACAAUUUUUAUGGUGGAACAAAUUUGAAGAAGAGUGGGUAACUGUUUCUAUUUUGUAAUCAUUCUAACUUAAGGAUUAAGUGUAGGAAAUAUGUUUUGUAUAUUAAUUGUUUAGUUUACAUUCAAGAAUUGUUCACUCCUGUAGAGAUUUUUGGAGUAUGUUGUAAUUUGCCAUCUUUGGGAACUCUUGAUCCCUGAACUCAUCUUGUUUUCACUGGAUUAACCUUUUUUUCCUGUAGAAUUACUUAUUUGCGUGGUUUGAGAAAAAAGUUUUGAUUUGAUCGAUAAAGUUAUCAUACAGGAUAUUGGUACCCCCAAAUAUUUUGUAAAACUAUUUGUAAAUGUUUUGAUAUUGUAAAAAAUCCAUAUUUACCCCAAAAAAGUUCCUUAUGAAACCACCUUUAUUUUUGCAUUAUUCAGAAAUCUUUACUUGAGAAUUCAAUGGAAAAAUCUUUUUACUGGUGUGUUUCAUGUAUCAAUGACCGAUUUACAUUAUUGUUGGAUCAAAUAACAGAAAAUCUCCCGUAAACACAGCAAAAUCCUACUUCAUUUAAUGCAGCCAAAAUCUUGGUUAUCCAUGUCACCUUAAAACAAAGUUUUUAAAAUGCUGUAUUUACAUGGGGUUCUCUAUUAUUUGAUCAUGAAUACGUGAAAAGCACCAAUAAAAAGAUGUUUUCCCAUUGAAUUUUCAAGUAAAGAUAUCUGAAUAAUGCAAAAAUAAAGAUGGUUUUAUAAGGAACUUGGGUAAAUAUGGAUUUUCUAAGGAAUUCAAUAUUUAGGUGUGUUUUUGUGGUAUCUUAUGUUCUUGAAGAUGUACCACAACAACAACAAAGAUUAGACCCAAUGAAUAAUAGAUAUUUUACAGUAGUUCAUUCAUGAAACUUCAUGUAUUUGAUCAUAGUCAAUCAUACAUGAGUAUUGUGCCAUAUUUAUAGUGAAAACAGAUAAUUUUUUUUUUAAAUUAUGAACACAGAUUCAACUGCAAUAGAGUUUAUUUUGAGAAUACAAAAUGAAAUCACUAAUACUAUUUAUCUGACUUUCAUUUGAUCUACAACUGUCAUACAAAAAUCAUUUUCAACUGUUAUAGAAUUUUAUUCAAUGCAAAAUGAUGUGUACUAAUUAGAAAUUUGAGCAAUGAUUGAACUAAUUUUAAUGCAAGAAUCAUUCAUUUUGAUUUUGUGAAAGUUUAUACAAUUUUCUGACAAUUCGUGAAGUACUGGGAUAUCUUUUUGAUAGAAAUUAGCUUCAAUAACACUCGGAGGAAUUCAUGAAACAUGUACAAAUGUAACGGGUAAAUCCCUCAUUUUUUAGAUUGCAAUAUUAUCAAUACACGACGACUUCUCAAUCUCCACAAUUAUACUCGACUUAAUCGCAACCAGGUGACGUUUGUUCAACUUUACAAGUUCAAUGUUAUUAUUUUUGUAAUCAUGAUUAGAUAUUUUUACAUUUCUAUUUAUUUGUUUAUAGUCUAUAGAUUUAUUUUUGUCUAUUUAGGUUUUUCUUUCAUCAGAUUAAUUUCCAUGCAAUUUUCAAUCAAUAUAAUAUUUUUAGCUUUAUUUUCAAAAUCACAAUCAAGGUGUCUGCUAUUUGGUUUAUAUAUUGUUAUAUAUGAGGAGAUUUGUUUUACAUCACAUUCCCCAUCAUAAACAUUCAUAUUGAGUAAUUAAAGCAAACUUUUGAUUACCAUGCUUAAUAACUUAUCAAAUGCUACUAUGUGCACGUAUUUACAUAUAUUUGAGGUAAUCGAUCCCGAAAGAACGUGAAAAAAUUUAUAUAUUUAUUGCCUUUUGUCUCUUAAUAGAGCUAGAUGUAUGGUUUAAAAUGUAAAGUUUUGAUAUGUAAUGAGAAUCCAAUAUUUUCCUGAAAUGUGAAAUUCCACUUUUGUCACGUUGAAUCUCUUGUUAUAUGUUGUCUUGUUUAUUGUGUUGGCGAUGUUACACAUUGAUAUAAUUAAAAACAACCACACAU